AUGCGCGGCGGCGCCGACAGCGCCCGCUUCCGCGCCUUCCAGCACCAUCUGCACAUCGCCGUCGACGACAUGGACGACGAGGACCUGCUGCAGCACUUCCCGACCACCAACGCCUUUGUCCAAUCGGGCCUGGCAUCCGGCGGCGGCGUGCUCAUCCACUGUGCAAUGGGCAAGUCACGAUCCGCCACCGUCUGUAUAGCCUUUCUCCUACAUCGAGAUCCUGCCGCGAUUGAUCCUGCAGAAGCACUGAUGCUCCUACGCCGGACGCGGCCGAUGUGCGAGCCCAACGAUGGCUUUAUGGAGCAGCUGCGGCUGUACCACAAAAUGGCCUGUCCGGAAAAUGUCGUGGACCAUCCGCUCUACCAGCGCUGGCUCUAUCAGAAAGCGGUUGAGGACAGCGUGGCGUGUGGCCGCGGCCCAGACCUGGACGAGAUCCGGUUUGAAGAUAAGGCGACGACGAAUGAUAACAAUGCUAACGCGCGCAGUGACAAGGGCGUCGAGGUGAAGUGCCGCAGGUGUCGGUGCGUGCCCGCUGCGAAUUGUCAUUGA